UAUGGUUCUGUUUUUAUCGUAUGUGUGUGAAAUAUAAAGAAAAGGAGAGAGAGAGAGGUUCAUCCAAAUUCCAAUGUUCACUUCAGUUCUUCCUUUCUCUCUCCCUCACUCUCUCUGCAUUGCUUAACACAGUCAAACUCUCUCCAUUGCCAAACUUCACUGAACUCUCCCACACUGUUCUUAUUUCACUCUCUCUUUCUCGGCCAACAAAAAAAGAAUGGUUGAAACAGCAUAGCAGAAGAGAAGAGAGGCUUCAUCGGCACCAAAAAUGGUGGUGGGGGACCACGCCAUUGCGAACGGGUGGCCACCAAUUCAGGCUCCACUCAACGUCCACAGAGACGAGCAUUGGACCAACUUUGACAGCUCCGUCAACGCCGUCUCCUUCGGCUUCGUCGCCACCGCCAUUCUCAUCUCCAUGUUCCUAGUCAUGGCCAUUUUCGAGAGGUUUCUCCGCCCCACCUCGCCGCCCCUCUCUCCCGCUGCUCGCCCUGCCCCCCGCGACGUCGAAGCCCAGAUCGGCUUCCCCGCCAAGCUCGCUCACCCUUCACCAAAAAUGAGUGUAUAUGCAAGUGGGGUUUCAGUUCUUAUGCCGGGAGAUGAAAUUCCUACAUUUAUUGCCCAUCCUGCUCCAUGUUGUCCAGAACGGAUUUCUUGGCCUUCUCAUCAGCAAAACACAUUACCAUGUUCCUCUUCCAACACCCUCCCUACUUCCAUCAAUUAAGGCUGAGAGAUAUGAACAUAGCAAAGUUCUGCAUACUGCAUCAAGGGCUUGAUUCAUUUUCUGUGAAGAGUAGACUAUUUCUUGGGGUUUGCCUUUCAGCCGUUUUUACCUCUGGAGCUCUCCUUACAGUUUAUGACAUGUAAAAUAGGAUUUAGUUUUAGGCAAACCGGGUUUGGCACUUGGAUAUCAUUUCCAUCAUUGAAGUAAAACAUCAAAUUCUGUUCAUAUUUCUUCCCAAUUCUUGUCCACCCAUCAUGAAGCUUUCAGGGGGGUUUUCCCGUGUAAAUCAAUUAUCUAUAGAUUGAACAUUGUGCCCAUCAACUGGGUAAA